AUGGCAGAGGUCAUCAUUGUGUCUUUUUACUUCUCCAAGAAGAUGCUGAUUGCAGUCUUUUGGAAGAAAGUGGCUGUGUACAGCCCAUACCCAAGGAUUGGGAGCUACAUCCGGUUCAACGUCAUGUCCUCUCAACCCACCAAGUCCAGUUUGUCCUACUCAGACACUCAUGAUGCUCAAGACUUCCUGGCAGAGGGUUUGCGGAAUGAGAACCUCAGCGCUGGUGCUCAGGACCAGAGAGACCACAUUCUCCGGGGCUUCCAGCAAAUCAAAUCCAGGUACUGUUGGGAUUUUCAACCUCAAGGAGGAGACGUUGGCCAGGACAGCUCUGAUGACAAUCUGAAUGGGAUUCAUGGCCCACCACUCACAUCAGAGGCAUUCUUUUGGUCAGAUUAUCAGGAUGAGGGCGUGGAAAACAUCUUAAGAGGGGCUCAGGAGCUGGAUACCAUCAUCAAGCAAGGAUACCUGGAGAAGAAAAGCAAAGAUCACAGCUUCUUUGGGUCAGAGUGGCAGAAGCGAUGGUGUGUUGUCAGCAGAGGCCUCUUCCUCUACUAUGCGAACGAGAAAAGCAAGCAGCCUAAAGGGACCUUCCUCAUUAAAGGCUACAGUGUCCGGAUGGCUCCCCACCUUCGAAAAGACUCCAAGAAAGAAUCCUGCUUUGAACUGACUUCCCAGGAUAGGCGCAGCUAUGAGUUUACAGCUCUUAGUCCAGCUGAAGCCAGAGACUGGGUGGAUCAAAUAAGUUUCUUGUUAAAAGAUCUGAGCUCCUCAACCAUUCCCUGUGAAGAGGAAGAGGAAGAGGAGGAGGAAGAGGAGAAAGAGGAAGAAACAUACGAUGACAUUGAUGGCUUUGACUCCCCAAAGUCUGGUUCCCAGUGCAGAGCCAAGACCUUGCCUGAGCCUACAGAUGAAGAAGAGGACAUUUAUGAAGUCCUGCCAGAUGAAGACCUUGAAUUAGAAGAGGAUGCACAUGGUACUCACCGACGGCCAGUGGACUAUGCCAGUUAUUACCAGGGCCUAUGGGAUUGCCAUGGUGACCAGCCAGAUGAACUGUCCUUCCAACGAGGUGACCUCAUCCGAAUUCUGAGCAAGGAGUACAACAUGUACGGCUGGUGGGUAGGAGAGCUGAACAGCCUCAUCGGGAUUGUUCCAAAGGACUACCUCACCACCGCCUUUGAAGCAGAAGAAUGA